AACGAACGAACUCCUGUGAAAACAGGCACCUGUGAUUUUUUUUGCCUCUUGCAAAGACUAUGAAAUAACCGAUUCCAUCCGAUGCAUAAAGGAGUUUCCGGUUUCUUGAGCGAGACUACAAUUCCCAGGAUGCUUUCUGUUGAGUACCUUUGUUGGCAGCAGCUUCUAAGUUUGGCCACUCAGUUGCUACCAUUUCGUGUGCAGAGUCCGUCGGCUAUAGUUGUAAAAACAGCAACGGUCCAAACAAUAACUGAGGUAAUCACAGGCCGCUCCCACUCUGUGACACCUUGCCUUACUGCUCUAAUUGGAGGCCUUCGUUUUGAAGUACGUCAGCAUGACGGAGAAGGGAGCGAUAAAGCGAUUGGUCGGCAAUCGGUCACCUGGCGAUUACUCUGAAAAAGCGCGAAAAGACUUCGGAAGGCUUUUGGGCGCCUUCCGCUAGGGGAGUGAGCGUAAUGUGAGGAAGAAAAGCGAGUAGAGCGGCUUAAGGGGAAGAUGCUCUGAAGGGGUUGCUACAGCAAACUUUAGGCGAUGGAGGCGAUGGGUAAAGAAGUUAUGGAUUCUUCCAUAUCUGAGAUUCAUGGAAUGCUGCUGGCUUUACAGAAGAACCUGGAAUGCCCCAUAUGCCUGGAGGUGAUGAAGGAGCCAGUCUCAACAAAUUGUGCCCAUAUUUUCUGCAGGUUCUGUGCACUUAAGCUUCUUAAACAGAGGAACGGUGUAACACAGUGUCCACUUUGCAAUGCUAAAGUCACCAAAAGAAGUCUAAGGGAAGAUGUCCGAUUUAAGGAAGUAAUCAAAGUGGUUCUGGAAACUGUCCGUGCUUAUGAGCAUGAUACAGGGCUCAAAUUUUCAGUUGAUCAUUGGUCAUCCAAGAAAUCCGUAGAAAUUGCUUCUGCUUCAGUUCCAGAACAGCCAGUAAUUGACUGUAAGGGCUACAGAAACAGAGUGAAAAGAGUGAAGGAAGGAAUAAAGGGGAACACAAACUUGGGCAAGAGCUCCCAUUUUCCACCAUGCAACAGAUAUUCCCUGAGGAAAAAAAGUAAUUCUAAUAAAGAUGUCAUCUUUGAAUUUGGAUCAGACUCCUCUGAAGAUGUAUGUAAGAAGGCAGGGGCUGUCAGGUGUGUGGGAUUUGGAAGUAGUUCUUUAUCUCAGGCUGGUGAAAGUUGUGCCAAGAAUAUGGAACUUCCUGAGCCAAGUGUUGAAGAUCAGGCACCAUUAAAUAAGUCAGGUGCAUUUGGGUUCUUGGAAGAAGCACUAGGAAGCAAAGAAGACAUUCAAGGCAGCCCUGAAAACAUUAAAGUUCUUGAGGAUAAUGUGGUUGUGGACAAGAAUCAGGGUUUGUUUUUUCCUGAACCCUGCACUGGGCAACAUGCAAGAAAACCUAAUGACUCGUCCACACACAAAGAUGAUUUUCGCUUUGUACCCAGUAUAUUGCAAUUGGUUGAUGAAACGACAAUGUCUUUGGCAGAUGGUCUGGCAGAAAAUGGCACAGGAAAUGCUGGCAUUGUAUUGCCUGGUGGAAAUACACAAAAUCUGUGUGAAGAUGAGGAGCAUCUGCUGCAUUGUCCAACUUCACAUGACAAUUCCUUGAGUCAAGUUCCUGGGAAGAAACUGAAGCGGAGCAUCCAGAAAGUCAGUGAAUGGCUUUCUAAAAGCAAAGGGAGUCUGUCUUCUAGCUCCCUGCAGGAAGUUCUCACUGAGGAAGUGAAUCAGGAUCCAGUCACAUAUUUGUCAGAUGCAGAUUCUUGUGUUUCUGAGAAGACUGAGCAGGUGGAAGACCAAGGGGAAUUCAUAAUGAGAAGGAAAGAGAGCAAGUUUUUGUCCAAGCCAGUUGCCACAAAAAUUGAAGAUAAAAUAUUUGGGAAAAUAUACAAGAGGGACCGCAGGUCAAACCCUCGUUGGAAUGAGAAGGAAAUAAUCCAAUUACAGGAAGAGGAAGAUACUGCUUUGAACACAAAAUCUUGUGAUACACCUAUAAGAAAAAUCUUUACAAGAAAGAGGAAGGCUCAUGACUCCAUCAGGAGGCAGGACAUGAAAGAAAGUAGUAAGAGGCCUGGUGGAGAUGAAAAUUUUCCUUUGGAAGCAUGUGACCAAGCCCUUACUCUUAUUGAUCAUGUACUUGUAGCAGACCAAAAGGGCACUGAGUUGUCAACAGUACUUGUCAAGGAAGGGACAUCCAUUUUUCAAGAUGAUGCAAGUGAACAUGAUCAGAGUGGAUGCCACAAACUGUCAGAAUCAAACUUGAAAAAUCCAGAGAAGAAAAUAAGCUCAUUGAGUAAGAGAAGUAAACUAUUAAGUAGGUCACUUGGGGCAGUGCAGGUGGUAAGAGACAUCAGCUCCAAAUCUCCUAAGAAAAGCAUGAGGCAGAUAGAUGAUGAGGAGUCAAGGGAAGGAGGAACAGGCCAGGUGCAAGUCAGGCAGAGCAGGAGGCUUCAGCUGAUCACAGAAGGAGCCUGGAAGAGAGACACGGGACUUCAAUUACAGCCAGAAGGAGCCUGGAGGAAAAGUGAACCAGCAAAGAGUGAACAGAAAGAGGUGAUUGAAGGAGGUAAAAAACAAGGGUGGCCUCAAGCAGAGAAUACGCCAUCUCCUUCUGUAGCAGAAGAUAAACUGAACAUGUUGCAAGGCGGGAUGCAGAAGGACAUUUCUUUGUCAGAUGACAGCCUGAUAGACAAGGAAAGUGAUGCAAAUAAGGCUCGUAUUAACCCUGAAUCCUCUGCGUCUAUGAUGCGAAGUAUAAAAGGUCUUCUGAAGAAUGAAAAAACUACAGAGGGCCAAAGUCCUAGUUGUAUUGUCCCCAGCACGGACUCUCAAAAUAGUUGUUCACUAUUUCAUCCUACAGAAGUGAAGCAAACCAGUUUUGUAGAUAAACAUGAGCAGAAUGCAUUAGGUACUCAGGCACCAGAGGGUGAUAUAUUUUUCACAGGUGAUGUGACAGAAACCUGUAAGCACACUGAGACAGAUGAUAAAGCGACAGGGACUUCAGAGUUGAACCCAGAAAUUGAUGACAGUGAACUGGAUUCAGGCUUCAUGCAGAAGAUAGUCGGCCGCUGCAAACGCCAGUCAUUUUUGCUGCAUCAAAGUCCAGUGAAGGAAUCUGCUGCAGACAUUCAAAGGGAGCUAACUGUUGGCAAGAUGGAAAGCAACAAAGCCCACUGUUUGAAUAAAUCAGGUGAAAAUAUAGACUGGAUUUCUGAGAAGAGACGAGAAGCAAGUAUUUGUGAGGUGAGUAGAGGCAGUUCUGGGCAGAGACUGGCAUCUUGCACCUCCCAUUUCCCUCAACAGAAUAACACAACUGAAAAUCUUAAGCUUCUCUCACAAGCUGCAUUCCCAAGUCAUCCAUCCAUGUCAGAGCACUCAGCCAGCAAGAAUAUAGAGAACGGAAGCCAGAUACAAAGUCAGAAACCAGCAACUGAAAAAAAACUAUCUCCAGAAAUAAUGCAGGAAACUGCAAGUCCAAGUGGUAGUAGCAGAAUCCCAAGUGUCUGCAGAAAUAGCAACUUGCAAGGCACUACUUUAACACUUGUUAAUACGAGAAGUCCCAGUACUCACAACUUGCAGCAAGCAGGAUUUGAAGGCACUGAAAUCAAAGGGCUGGCAUUAAACUCUCAGCCAGAAUUGCUGCAGUCACAACCAACACUUCCUGAACUUAGCUGUGUCUUUAUCGAAAAGAAAAGCAGCAUGAAAGAAAAACAACUGAACAGUGGCAUAGGAGAAGCAACUGAUAUCUCUAGCCCAGAUGUUCCUAAGUGCCUGUUGCCCAGUGAGAAUGUAGAACAGUUCACGGAGGAGGAAUCCGAUGACUUAGAGACACCAGAGGGCUUGCUGGGUCCUUCUAUCAAAAACAAAGAGAGCUCACCUAACCUUUGGGAAAUGGACAAGAAAGAUAGCUUAGACAUGUCUGCUAAAACAGACAGGGACAGCAACACUGGAAGCAGCUUCAAGUUGAAAAGCAAUAUUUCAGCACGCAAGAGACGGGUACGGAAGUUGCCAUCCUCAGAAGAGGAAGAUUCCAGUGAAGAUGAACUGCCAUGCUUUCAAGAACUAAUAUUUGGUAAAACAAUAAGUAUGCCAUCACAACAAGAAAGGAAUCCAUCAACUGAGAUGCUAGCAUGGAAGAGCAGCAGCCAAAGUAACCUGAAAUACAACGAUGGGGAUGACUCUCCAAGUCAGGAGUCAGACUGUUCAGUGAAUUUGUUUUCCUCCCAAACACAUGCAUCUGCGGACUUCAGUAGCAAACCUCAUGAUUCAGGACACUUAACUCAAGUUAAUUCCAGGGAAAAUCUGCCAAGUCUCAGCAGGAAUAAAGAAGAACCCAUUGGUGAAGAGAACAUGGACUAUGACAGUGAAGCUAGCCAUAUGGGGGAUUCGUCAGGACUAUCGUCCCAGAAUGAGAUCCUCAGCACACAGCAAAGAGAUGCCAUGAAAAUCAACUUAGACAAACUCCAACAGAAGAUGGCUAUUCUUGAAGCAGUUCUCAAACAAGGAAGCCACAGUACUGCCCCAGAAGGAUGGAUGCUACCUGAUAAAGAAGCUGAUUUCUUGGAAGAACAGACAAGAUCACCAAAGGGACAUAAAGCAAAAAUGAGUGCUAAAUUCAAAAAGCCCCUUCAAGGAGUAGUCUCCCCCACUGUCCAAAGUCUGUUUUGGACUCCAGGCAGCUAUUCUACCACUUCCUCAAAGCCUGAAGAGCAAAUUUCUACCUGUUUGGACGAAGAGAGAACAAAGGGGUCUCCCGCUGCCAAAUAUGAUGCAGGCAAGUCAAGUGCACCAAGACAUGAGACACACAGAAGGCCAGACUCUCCGUUGUCACCCAUCACAUGCUGUAGUUCCAGCAAAGGGAAUUGCAAGAGUCUGUUUCUGGCCAGCAAGAGGAAUAUGUUUCUGGUGGCAUCAGGUCUAAACCAGGGCGAGUUGAGACUGGUACAAAAGUUUGCCAGGAAAACUGAGAGCACUUGGUCUAAUAACAUUACUGCAGAAACAACCCAUGUAGUAAUGAAAACAGAUGAGGAUCUAGUCUGUGAGCGGACUCUGAAAUACUUCCUCGGAAUUGCUGCACAGAAAUGGGUGGUGAGCUACAAAUGGAUUGAGCAGUCGCUUAAGGCAGGAAAGCUUCUUUAUGAGGGUGACUUUGAAGUGAGAGGUGAUGUAAUCAAUGGGAGACAUCAUCAAGGGCCCAAAAGAGCAAGAGAAUCUCCUGCUGGAAAGCUUUUUCAGGGCUUGAAAAUAUGCUGCUAUGAGCCGUUCACUGACAUGCUCCCAGAACAACUGGAGUGGAUGGUAGAGCUGUGCGGUGCAUCACUUGUGAAGCAAUCUCAUUUACUUGCAUGUCCAGCAAACUCUGCUGCUGUGGUAGUGGUUCAGCCCGAUGCUUGGGUGGAAGGCAGUGCCUGUCAAGGCUUCCCACUGGAAUGCAGUGCUACUAUAGUUUCACGUGAAUGGGUGCUGGACAGUGUUGCAUGCUACCAACGUCAGCCAUUUGAUGAAUACAUUGUGGAACAGAAGUGAUGGGGUGGCCUUCUGGAGUUUCUCAUGAGUGCCGAAUCUUCAGGAUAGGAUUUCUGUGACAGUUUUGUGGAACACUUACUUACAAGAUAAAGAUUUCAGUUUGCAUAAAGAUGCCUUGUUGCACCAAAGGCAGAACUACAACUGUGAAACUUCUAUCUUCAUCACAGUGUUUUCCAUGAGUCAAGAAAUAAUUUGCUGACUUAAUUAUUAUCUAACUGUUGUCUUGUUUAGGAACCCCCCUCCCUGCCACACAGACACACAAUGUCCUGAAGAUCUAUUCACUUGAAAGAGUUAUAUGGAACAGAGAGCUUCAAUUAACUCAGCUGAAUAGUAACAGUUUAUUUGCUUGUUUCGUGGGAGAAUUUUCAUAAACAAAGAUGUACUUAUGCUGGAUCACUGACACAACAUCCUAUUCUAAGAAAAAAUGUUGCUUAGACAGUGGUUGAAAGCACAAGAAUCUAUUACAAAGGCCCAUUGUGUCAGAAGGUAGUACAUACUGACUUAAAUGUUUGUGUUGCAUUAAGAAAACAAGGGCACCUCUUUCAUGAGACAGACAGAAGCAAAUGAUUCAAGUGGUGAAUUAGAAAGGGUAGUGGACUGUGGUAGCCACAUUGACUUUCUGCUACUAUCUGCCUCCUGACUGGCAUGAGUUGCCUCUGUGCAUCUCUGCUUGCUCACCAUUGUGGGUCACAGUGUUGAAUCCACCCUAUCUCAGCACACCGGAAGCAUUUUGCCCUCUUUCUGAUCCGGUGUGAUGAACCUGCCUCUCUGUCUGCCUCUAGCUGCUUGCCUUGCUUAGGCAGUGCCUGUCCGUGUUAUUUUACGUUAAAACACUGGUUUCCCUGGAAAGGUGCUCAGGUCUGAAUCUGGAGGCAAUGAAACACAUGGUUCAUAGAGAAAUGAUCCACCCACAUGAUUGCUCUGCAAGAGAAAAAUUGCAGAGACAAGAGAAAAAGUUAAUGCCAGAGUGAGAAUUGCUGUCUUAGCUAAAGGGAUUUCUUUAGCCAAAAAAACAGACUGAAGCCGAUAGAAGCCUGGUCCUGCCCCAGUAAGGGGAUCUGGUGGCACAAAGAAGCUGCUGUUGUCAAGACCAGAGAACCUCUGUGUGCAUGAACCUUUGCCGUUAUUGCCACACAGAGUCUUUGUCACUCAGUGGAUCUUUUCCUUUUGGUCUUCACACGAGCAUUCCCAGCAGUUCAGCGACAUUAAACCCCUCCCCACAUCUACAUUGAAGAUGAGUGCUGUUGAUCUGUACUACUUGGGGGUGAACAUCUGGUCACCGCUAUGCAGCACAGCCCAACACUGUUCUUCAAUGCAUAGCUGCACAGUGAGUGGGUAAAUAAGUUUGUGUGCCUCCCUUCUAUUCCACACAGGCAAAGAAAUCUGUCAGAGUGGCCCCUGUGAGCUUGUUAGCUCUCUUUGGGCAGCCUAUCCCGCAGUGCUUGGGGUCGUAAAGGGUUCCCAUUUUGAUGAUCCUGGGGAAGUCUCAGACUUUUCUUUGCAACAGGACUGGAAUUCUACUUGGCUGUCAUUUAACUUAAUAGACCCAUGCAUAGCUAGCUAGCACCCAGUUCUAAUGGGACUGGACAGGGCUCUGAGACCCUUGCUAACAGCCAACACUAAAACAGGCCAUCCGUGUUCAAAGACUGAGCUUAGCCUGGUAAUUCAUACCAGGCUAAGGAACCCAGAGGCAAGGAACCAGUCUGGGGUAAAGUUCAUCCACUGCAGCACUAAAUCGAGAAUUUCUGUCACUGGUAGAAGGAGAAGGGGUUCUAAAAUGCCUUCUUUAAAAGUGCCAUUUCUCUAAUUCUUUUAAGUUGACAUGGGGGUACAUCUAAUGCUUAAUUUUGAAGUCAUAUUUUCUUGCUCAUUUCCAGAAAGAUAUUAAUGCUGAGCCAGUAUUCAAUAAAUAAACAGCCAUAGACCCCCCAGCUUUUAAAAGUGAGCAUAUGUGGUCAAAUGUGAGCAAAAUGCAUCUCUUUCACAAAGCUUGCAGGAACCUUUUUGACCAUUGCCAUGUUAUACAGCUGUAUCUAUAACCACUGUAUUGGGUAUAUUUUUGUACAUUAUUUCAAUCUGGAAUUGGAUAAAUGUUGGAAAUAAGAAAAUAAAGUAGUUCUUUACACAGCACUUCAUUAAAA